AGUUGAAGUCAUGAACGACACUCCAUUCAUAACCAGCUAACGUUAGCUGAUAUGACACUAUGCUUUAUUUUAGGCAGCUGACAACACUAGUGUGUUAGCCUGUCUGUUUACAUAGCACAUUAUGUAGCCCUACAGUUAAUAACGGGCUGGCUAUUUGGUAAUAACACUGACGUUAACGUUAAUCAAUAGUACAAGACAGAAAAUACGUAGUCCACAGUUUACCAACGUAAUCUAUGUUUCUACUCUUUAUGUGUGGAUCAGUCUAUGUAUUUGGUAUUUUGCUGAGUAUGCUAAUUUAGCCCCUGUGUAUAUGAAUUGUUUCAGAAUGUUAUAGUGUUAAGUUACAGGUUGUAAAGCAGUUGAGAAUAAGACAUGUAAUGCAUAGGUCCAGUAAGGUACUCACCUGGUAACUAGUUUAAAAAAAUAAAUUGUUUACAGAUUCUGUAUAGUAAGUACAUUAUUAGAAAACACUAUCACAGACAGACAGAGGCAACUAAAUGUUGCAUAACCUCUUUUGCAUGAGAAGUAAUGGACACAGAGUGUAAUUUAUGUUAGUUUAGCUAGAUUGGAGAUCAGGAUACAAGGAUACAAAGGCUUUGUUGUCAUAUGCAUAAAUAAACACGUUAUCAAUGCAAUGACAUUCUUAGUUUGCUGGAUCACUAUCCUGUAGUGAAAUGUACUAAAAAUAAAUAUGAAAUUAAGAAAGAACAUAGAAAUUAUAAUAUAACAUAUAGCAGGCCAUAAUUUUACAAUAUAAGAUGACAGACCAAGCAUAUUCUAACUGUUGUUGUUUUUUUUCCCCCCAAUCAUACAGAAUGGAGCCUAAAUUUAGGAGGAGGGGGGAUGGCCACGCUAGCCUCUUUGACACAGAGGAAGCAAAAAGAGUUAAGGGGGAGAACAGGCCAUGGGUGCGGGCUCUGUCGCCUGAGAGGGUGAAAGAGUCUGCAAAGAUGGCUGUUCUGCGUCGCGGUGGAGACCCGGAGAAUAUGCAGCAUGUCCUGGGCCAACAUCAGAUGCAGUUUGGGAUUUUCAGGGGCCAAACUUUUCACUGGGUGGCAGAAAAUGCGUUGGGGUAUGCAGGUUAUGUGGUGGCAUCAAUGUCAGAGGAGUCAGGAAGCUCUGAUUCACACAACAACCUCGCCAACAAAAGAGCCUUCCAGGGGUACAUCUCACAUUAUCCUGCAGGCCGUUAUGCCAUCCAGGUCAAGCGGGAGGUGAGAUCCGCUAGAGGCCAGAGCCAACCUGCCACUGCUGCUGCUGCCACCUCCACACAGCCGCCCUCCAGCUCACCACGGCCCUCAGCCUCUUUGCGAGCUGCCACCUCCACACAGCUGCUCUCCACCUCACCACAGCCGCCCUCCACCUCACCACAACCUUCAGCCUCUUUGCGAGCAGCUGCCACCUCCACCUCCUCGCGACUAUCCUCAGUGCCUGUAUCCUCCCUGCGCUCAUUGCUGAUAGGGAAAGGCAAGUCUCAGCACAGCAUUGAGAAGUCUGUGAAGAGGUUGUUUGCACCCCAAAAGAUUCAGCCAUCUGUUCCUGCUCUGUGUCCUGCUGGAUCCACCACGGCACCUUUGCUGGAAACAGUGAAAUCGGAACCCACCGACAGUGAGCUUUUGCUGGCCGCUGAACAGAUUCAGUCAGAAAUAGCGCAUACCAGAAUUUGCCUGCCCGCUGGUUGGAUCCCUGCCCUGCCAGAGAUUGACCAGCGCUGGAUUGCAAAGACCCUGUUCCGGUGGUCACGUUUUAAUCAGCCAGAGCUGGACCCUGCAAAGCUGGACAGAAUGUGGUGGUAUCCACCUCUGCGGUCACUGACCUCUAGUGCCAUACCAGCAUUGGAGCAGUUCUUUGGGCACCCCCUGUUCCUGUGGAUGCCCAGGAAGCUUUGGCGAGUGCGUCUGCUCUGUCCACAUCCAGACUGUGGCAAGUCGGAGCUUACAUCUGCUGGACUGCACCAGAAAGUCAGGCAGGUGGUUGGUGUCAGUAGCUCUUACUACUUGGCAUCUGAGUAGCUCGCAUGUAAGAGCUGCAAGAGAAAACUGAUCAGCUGGAGCCACAACAUCGUCUCCCAGUUGGACAUUGGC